AUGAGCUCCUCACUCUUCUCAAAUAUCAUAGAGUCAACCUUCCCGACCCCAACCUCCGAGGACCCUCCUCAAGGAACCCUCUCCCCAGAAUCCCAAGCCGAAGAAUCCCGAAUGGGCACUAUAGUAAUCUCCACCCUAACCGGACUGGGUGGUCUAGUCUUCGCGAUAGCAAUAUUAAAAGCGUGUAUUCGAAAAAUGCGCGGUGAGAGGGCAGACGGAAGAAACGAAUGGAAUCCACCUACACCACCACCGGGGAGUUACGAUGGAAAUUGGCAACAAUAUAGGUCACCACGCAGUCGUUCGAGAAGACCGAUUACUGUUAUCAGGGGUGGGAGGAUGUUUAGGGUAACUUUACCCAGGAUGCCGGAAGAUGCGGAGAUGGGGAUGGUUAGGACGCCGAGUCCUGUGGCUAGAGUUUCGAAUAUGAGGAGUACUAGAAGGGAGAGGUGGAGGAGGUGGAGGAUGUCGUCGUCGGCACAAACACCACCGGUACAAACAUCACCAGUACAAACAUCACCACCACCAUCACAGACGCCGUCAGUGCCGGCGCCUUCUAUUACAGAAUCUGAGGAUAAACCACCUUCUUAUAGAAGCAAUACUGGGCCGCCGACAUAUGAAACCGCUUGGGAUGGAUACGUGUAG